AUGGAACCCCGAACAGCUCAGAAGCGGUCAGCAACGUCCAGCGCAGAUGCAUCAACAUCCCAAAAAUCUUCACAUGCUCCAAAAAAGACGCGUUUCAUUGAACCUGAUGAAGACCCAGUGAACUUUGCGGAGGAAGUCGACUCGGCACUUGAGAAUCCUUUAACCAAGCGCAAAGGACGGGUUAAGAAUGAAGGAUACGACUCGGACUCGAGUGAUGAUGGAGAGGGCGUGGUACUGAGCAGAAGAAAGGACGCAGGUGGGGAGGGGGCGGACGAUGACGAUGAUAUGUUUGCGAUGGCCGACAAGGAAGAAAAGAAAGACGAGGCGCAGGGAAAGAAGAAGGAAGAAUUUCUACGCCUAGGGGACAUAGAAGGACAGGAGUUCAACGACGGCGAAGAUUCAGAUUUAGAUGAAGAUGAUGAACCUGAAGACGAGGAUGAAAGAGAACGACGGAAGAAGGCUGGCAUGGGUUUCGAGCUAUCUUCGUUCAAUAUGCGGGAGGAGAUGGAAGAGGGAAAAUUUGCUGCUGAUGGCACGUAUGUCCGGUCAUUUGACGCACACGCCGUACACGACCGGUGGAUGGAGGAUCUAGAUGUCAAGGAAAUCAAGCUGGCGCGUCGGAGGAAGCGACAGCAGGAACGAAUACAAAGAGAAAAAAUGAGGGCAGAGGAGAUAGAACUUGAGCAAAGUGGUGGAAAGGGCGCUUUGGAAAUGCAGCUCGUUGGAAUGCUCAAGAAAGGAGAAACAGUGCUUGAGGCACUCCAACGAUUAGGCGCAAAGGCGAAACAGAAUUCGCAUGAUACUGCUAUGGCCGUCAACAAGGUGGCAGAAAAACCCAAGGGUCUCAAUGAUAUUGACAUUAUUACUCAUCUGGCAUCCAACCUCAUGUCACUCGGUGACACUGACAUCUACUCUCGAUCAUACGAGGAACUCGUCCGCACAGUGCGUUCUAGCGGAAGGGUGGAACCUAGUUGGAUGCCUCCAUCUGCAGACAUCACAUAUGAGUACAAAUGGGACAUCCCUGGGCAGUCUACCGGGGAGACUUUUGGGCCCUUCAGUGAGGACGAAAUGAAGGUGUGGUAUAAGGCUGCCUACUUCGGUGAAUCAGGAGAGAAAGUUAAAGUAAGAAAGGUCGGUGACAACUGGGGAGCCUGGGAUGAGGUUGUAACAUAG